AUGAGUGGUAAGGAUAAAACUGUUGAAAUAGAGAUCAGUAAACGCCCUGAAAAUGUAAAUGGAGUCCAAAAGGAUAAGGAAGGGUGUUCUUAUGAAGUUGGUGAUGGCCAAGUUCUUCUGACGGAUGACUGGUACCCAGACCCAGAGGGAAUAUAUAGGAGGAUAACACACACUCCAAAAGAUGGAUGGACAAUAAGUAAAAUUAAGAAUCUACAGCAAAACUUAAAUACAUUUGAGGGCCUAGAAAAACACAAAAGCGUCUCAGUCUACUACUGGAAUAGUGAUUAUAAGAAGCCACUCCUCAUACAACUUGGAACAGGAGACAAUGACUACUACACUACUAAAAAUGGUGAUAAUAAUUGGAAUAAGUCCCAAGGCAUAAAUCCCGGUACUUUAAGGGAGGAGCUUGAUAAACAGAACUGUAAUAAGAAUAAUGCCCACAUUAUAGAUCUCAAAGAGAAGGAUCAAGAUGGUAAUUACAACUGUCCAAGUGGUUGUAAUAGCCAGAAAAUUAAUGUAUCAUACAGUGGCAACUCCUACAAGACUGCCUUCUACUCUGGUAGAGGUUAUAAUUUCUCAGUGACUAGCUUCAAGCAUAACAGCAGUUUGCAACAUGGACUUCCAUCUCUAAAGGAUGUCAGAGAGAUCAGGGUCUACUGGUAUAAUUCUGGUAAAAAUCCCCUCCUAUAUUGCUAUGAACAAAGUAGAAAGCAGAGAUACUUCAGAAAAAACUCAGGUACUAGCAACACUUGGAUUGAAGUAUCUAAUGCCUCUGUACCUUCUGUUCCUUAUUACCCUAAUCUGGCUAUCGAUUUCUCUAAAUCGUCUGGUUUAAUGUACAAUGGUGGAGGUACUGAUAUAAAGAUAGCUGUGCUACUCAGUCACAUUGGUGAUGGCUACUACAGAUGCCAGUAUUCUCUGAGAGGUGGACUAUUUAUGGUCAAUAGUGUUAUUUACAGUAGUGUUCAGCUUACUGAAAUAUCCCCUUCCACUGAGGCCCAUCUAAUUAGUGUCUCUGGAUUUUACUAUGGAGUAAAAAAUCCCAAAGAUCUACCUAUGCCUAUUCUGAUUGAAUUUGUUAUUAAAGAUGCUGGAACCACAUAUAGAUACUACCAGAAACUUAGUGAGAUUGAUGAUUGGAAACUAUUGUCUAGAUCUGGAAGAACUGAUCAACUUGUUGGAGAAUUUCUAAAUCUAACUCUGGAUAAACUCAAGGAGUUCAAGGAUACGUUGAACAAGCUUAACCAGUCACAAGCCAAAGUUAAGGAGCUUGUGGAACUAAACAAAGAGCUUGCUGAGUCGUCAACUACCACCAUAGCUGGGUCAUCUGUUGGAAGUGGACUUGGCGGAGCAGGGUUGGGCGCUCUUGCUAUGUGGAAAGGCCCCGCUCUAAUUGCAAGACUAAUAACUCGUCUGUAA